AUGAAGGGGAUGUACGGCUACCUCGUCUCCACCUACGAGUCUGCCUCCUUACGGCGUUUCCGCAACGGUCGCGUGGACAACAUCAGGUCGGCGCACGACGCAGCCCUGGCCUGGGCCGCCGCCAUGUGCACGGCCGAGACUCCGCCCCUCGGAGACGCCGACGACGGCCAGAAGAAGGUCUCUUUUAACUUGUACGGGGAACAAAAGAAACUCGAGCUGUUCGAGGAGGCAGUCCGCAAGCAGACCUCCAUCAUGGAGGCCAACAUCCUGGGCCGCGGCAUCGACAACCACCUGUUAGGGCUGCGCGAGGCGGCGCGCGAAGCGCUGGGCUCGCUGCCGGCGCUCUUCACCGACCCCACUUACAAGCAGAUGAUCGAGUACAAACUCAGCACUAGCCAGGUGGCCACCACAACCGACGGCACAUUCAUGGGCUACGGCGCAGUGGUUCCAGACGGCUACGGCUGCAGCUACAACCCCAAGAAGGACUGCGUCAUCUUCUGCAUCUCCUCUUUUACCUCCUCCAGCGUCACCAACACCGAGGCCUUCAAGCAGUCGCUGGAGGAAGCCCUGGACUCAAUGAAACUGAUGUUCCAGAACAAAAAACCCGACAACUAAAACAACUAAGAUUUGGAAAAGUAUUGACACACUUAUGUGUCUUUUAAACAAGAUGAUCUCUUAUAUUUAAUGUUCGCACGAAAGAUAAGGAUAAGGAAAUGAAUACAUAUCAAGAAUUGACUAAAUUACACUUAGAAAAUGUAUGUCAAAUA